AUGAUAUCAGAUAAGAUUCGCCGUUUUAUUCGGUAUUGGGUUUCAAAAUUAGAAAUCAAGACCAUCCGGGAUCAUCAUGGUUAUUCUUGUAAGCGCGUUUGGUUAUCCAUGGAUUUCGUUGUUUUCUUCUCUCAUUUAUUCAUUUGCCUCAUUGGUAUUCUAAUCUCAAUUCCAUUUGCUUUCCUUCUCACUCGUAUUUUUACAUUGAAAACAACCAAUAAACAGCUUCAUCGAAUCUCCUCGCUGCUCUUUUCAUUCAAAGCAGCUAAAUCAGAUAUUCUAACAAUCCCGUCAGAAAAACUCUCAUGUUCUACCGUAUGGAUGUUCGGAGUCAUUGUUACUCGAACUAAAGUUUCAAAUCGUGAUAAACCACAACUGAUCUAUUUAAAAUUGUAUAACCAGUAUUUACUCAUUCAUUUCACGUCAAAACACUUGAAAAAUAUCAAUCAACUCACUCGCCAUCGAGUUACGUUCUCAGAAGUGAUGAUUUUCGAUCUGUUUCAAGCUAAAAUUCAUUUGAAACUUCCUCAAGUCAAUCGAUCAAAAUACUGGUCAAUUAAAUCACCAAUUGUAAUAACUCAUCUUCAUCUUUUCGAUGAAUAUGGUAUUGAGAAAAGAAAAAAGUCAUCAUAUCAUUCACAAAAACCAACUUCUCCAUGGUUGUUCUCUACGAAUUCCACCAUACAAAAUACGACAACAUCGUUCAUCGAUCUAAUCGAGCACGAGUUUCACUCUCAGAAACAUAUCUCAUCAGACAUAACAAAACAAACGACUUUGUCUUCCACUUCAUUACAUGAUAAACCUUGGCGUGGUCUGCUGAAAACAUUCACCGAACGUAUUUCUCUCUUCUCCUCGAAACAAACAGACAAACAAAACGAAUAUUUCCUUUCUUUGAUUAAUUUUCUCAUAUCACGUUGCACAAUCAAUUUCUAUGAAAAUCCUCAUGUGAGACACUAUCUGAAAUCGAAACUUGGACAUGAAUUGAAACAUUUAAAGUUGCCAUAUUACAUUCAUUGGAUCCGUCUCUCGCACUUUUCCUUCGAUAAUACUUAUCCGACAAUUGAGAACAUAAAACAAGUUUGGUUUAAUCAAAAUGGUCUAUGGACGUCAAUGAAUUUGACAUAUCAAGGAAAUAUUUCAAUCGAAUUUACAAUUCAACUUAAUUUAUUGCAAAAACAAGUCGAUUCCAAUACUCGAUCAUUAUGGUUUCAAAGAAUCUUUCAUUUUCAUGAUGACCUUCAAGUUUUAGAAAAAGUUACCAGAAAAAUUCUAACUAUCACGAUUAAUAUUCGAAGUAUAAAUGGAGUACUUCUGCUUAAUAUUCCUUCGCCGCCUUCGGAUCGUCUCUGGUUUGGCUUUGAAGACCUUCCUGAAAUUGACUUCGAUGUUGACCAUCAACACAUACCAUCGGAUAGGUCACAAUCAUCGUUAAAUGCGAAAACUGAUCUCAAUAAGCAGCUAAAUCAAUUACAAAAGACGAUAAAUCAUCUAUUAAGUCAAUGGAUCAAAAAACAGAUCUACAAAGAAUGUGUUCUACCGAAUAUGUACGAUGUCUGUAUGAAAUGGUGUAAUAACCCAUUAGAAGAAAAUGAGUCAUUAUACUUGAAAGAAUCACCGAUCAAUCAUCUUCGAUGGCUAAAUGAUAACGAUUCAAGCAAAGAUUUUCAUGUUUAUCGAGAUCAAUCUGCGGAGAGAGUUUUUCUAAUCGCAUAUUACGAUUUCUUCGAAUAUUCUACGACAAUGAGUAUGUCAUCACCACAGAUCAUUUUUGAUGAAGCUCGUUCGUUAACGCCGGAUCCUACGCAUCCGGCUAAUCGAACUCCCCGACGCAGUCAUGUAUCAAUAUCGUCAAGCAAACGUGCUUCCAUGAAUGUCGGUGCAUCCAAUUCAAAUAAAACCAAACAAGGCAUGUUUCGUCGAGCUGUUCCACAGAUGCCACGUGUAUUGGCAUUCAUCUGUUUCGCAUUGAAUCUUGUUUUACCUGGCACAGGUACCCUUGUUAGUGCAUUCGCGGUAUUUUGCUGUGGAAAACAUGAUUAUGAGAAAAAUAUAGUUGCAUUCUUCUACAACAUUCUGGCGGCAAUAUUACAAAUUUCAACGAUUUUUCUACUUGUUGGCUGGAUUUGGUCCAUCCGUUGGGGCAUUCUUUUCGUUCAACUGUCAAGUUUGCCAACCUCGAUUCUAUCGAGUGCACUUAAAAAGGUUAUUCAUGAAUAUGGCUAUAAUCAGAUCGGAAAUGCAAUAUUGUUAAUAAUGGAUCAAAUGAAAGACGACGACGAAGAAAACGCGUCGGGUAACAAAAACGCUAUGGCACAAUCGAUCCCAUUCUACGUACGUCGGCAAUCGAGUGUUGAUACACAUAUGCAACCAUUUUUAACUCAAAUGGUCGCACCACGAGUACCACCAUUGCUCGAAGAUAAGCACGAACUUGAUUCGACACAAUGA